CCAAUCUGGCAAGAGUCAAUGCUAUUCAUUGCUUGGACGCUACUAAGUACCAGAGUAGAUAUGAUAUCCGCUUCUGAUUAGAAUGUUACAGCUGCCGGCGCUGUACUCUCGUAACAAACUCCCCUGUCUUAUCUCAAAUAAAAUUCAUGAAAAAAUAAAACUUGGAAGAAUAAUAAAUGCAAUAUUUGGUGAUAGGCAGUUCUUCUUCUUCAUCUUUUUUUUUGGCUCUUGGGUGACAGGCAGUUUUCCAUGCAGAUACUGACAUAUAUGCAUAAAGAUUUUUCUUUUUUUUUUGGGGGGUUUUGCAUGAAGAAUUACAUCUGUACUGAUCGUGCAGGAAGGUUACAUGGUACCAGGAGCAAAAUGCGAACCCCUGCCAAGAAAUAAGCUGCUAAGCCCAGUCAUUUUUCACGAAGGUCGUCUGGUACAAAGGCCUACACCUCUUGUGGCCCUGUUGACCUUCUUGUGGAUGCCGAUUGGGAUUGUCCUCUCCAUCCUUCGCGUUUACCUCAACAUUCCCCUGCCCGAAAGAAUUGUUCGGUACAACUACAUGAUUCUGGGAAUCAAACUCGUUGUGAAGGGCAACCCACCCCCACCUCCGAAGGAAGGCAAUAGCGGGGUCCUAUUCGUCUGCAACCACCGCACGAUCCUGGACCCCGUUGUUACGGCGGUGGCACUGAGAAGGAAGAUCAGUUGCGUGACAUACAGCAUAAGUAAAUUCUCAGAACUCAUUUCACCGAUCAAAGCCGUGGCAUUAUCUCGAGAACGAGAAAAGGAUGCAGAGAACAUCAAGCGUUUGCUUCAAGAAGGUGACUUGGUUAUCUGCCCCGAGGGGACUACGUGCAGGGAGCCAUUUCUGUUGAGAUUUAGCGCACUCUUUGCCGAGCUGACAGACAGAAUUGUCCCCGUCGCCAUUAACACGAAACAGUCCGUAUUUUAUGGGACAACUGUGCGUGGGCACAAGUUUUUGGAUCCGUACUUCGUUUUCAUGAAUCCCAGGCCCACCUACGAGAUCGCCUUCUUGAAUCAACUGCCCCCGGAACUGACUCGCCGAGGUGGUGGAAAAUCUGCUAUUGAAGUUGCCAACUACAUCCAAAGGGUGCUCGCCGGCACGCUAGGCUUCGAGUGCACUAGCUUGACCAGGAAAGACAAGUAUGCCAUGAUGGCCGGAACAGAUGGCCGUGUUGAAAACAAGAAGGACAAUUCCCAUGAAAUGAAAUGAGCAGUCCUGAGUCCUCCAUUUGUUUCCCCAAGUAGUAUAAUGUUUUCGAACCUUUUUCGUCGUAUUCAAGCAAAAGAGGGGAAAAGAAAAACGAGAACAAAAUAAUUGUUGAUCGUUAUGAUUAAGAUCUUCAUAUGGUAUAACGCACCACGUAUAUGCUAUCUGGAUUACAUUACAUGCAUAAAGUCUACGUCCCAGUCUUGCUUA